AUGGAUGCGCGUGAUUCGAUUCACGACGUCUUCAGUACCGAGCAUCUGUGGAGGCAGCCUUCCUUUUUUGACGAUGAUUCCCAAGAGUCGUCGCUCUUUGCUCCCCUCGAGCUAGACAUCUCCUCAAUCAGAUUCGACCAUCCUUACGCGCCCAAGCAUGACCUCGAACGCGAAUUGCGACUGCCCGAUCUGGACACGUUCGAAUUCGGACCGCUACCCGAGCUCGACAGUUUCGACGACGACAGCAUUCCAAUCGAAACACCGCCCUUAGAGCCAGAAGAAGACGUCUGGAAGGUAGCACUUGACCUGGGACCCGCGAACAAGGAUGUCCUGUUCUAUACCUGGGAGUCGUUCGAAAAGGGAAGGCACGUCGAAAGCCAAACGCCAUAUAUAACCGAGCAUGGUCCCGAGACCUUCGAUGCGACGCUGGUACGAGACGAAGGGAAGAAUGCUGGUCGGGUACUGAAAGGAGAUGUGCUCCUACAAUCGCUCUGGAACCUUGGUCUAGGCCGGUCCUCUAUACUCUUCCAGUUCAACCCAAAGCUGAAGACGUUCCAGCCCGCCAUACCGGAUGGACGAGCUUCGGGACUGAGCCUACAAGCAGCGCAGAGCUUGAUCCUGUACUUUACAUUCAUCGGCAACACAUUCCUCUAUUUACGCUCUUUCGCAGAGCGUACCUUUGCCUCGGCCGCGUCGAUCCCCGCAAGAGUCGCUCUGGCCACAUCGAUAUCGAGUGUUCUUUCAAGCCUGGAAGACACCCUGGGAAAGCAAUCUACCAAGAUCCGCUCGCUCAUCCAGCUCCAGCACCAGUUCGCUAAGCCUCGCAAUAUCCUUGUCCACGUUGCCCGUAUGGCAGAUGCUGUCAAACACGCCAAAACCAACGAGCAGCUGUCGUCCAUAUUACAUCACCGCCUGCUUGAGCUGGAAGAAGGGGAUGAACAGCUUCGACAGCUAUCAUGCCAGGUGCUCAGUCAGGUGUCCAGACCAAGCUUGGAGCUCCUCGGGGAAUGGAUGGGCAUAAGGAAAGAGCAA